AUGGCUCAUAGAAGCUUUAGUGCAGAGGAGGUGCUUGAAAGUGUCACUAAUGAUACAAAUGACUACAUAUUUGAUGGUUCUGAUGAUGAGCUUGGGUUUGAAGAUACUUCAGAUGAUGAUCGUUUUACAGAAGUCAGUGUAGAGAGUGAAAUUGAAGAAGUUAUUGCAGAUUUACAGGAAAGAAAUGGAGAAAUGGAACACAGCGGGACUAUGGAGCUCACUGAGAAUGCAGCUAUACAAGAUACAUGUAGGCAAAAGGAGCACAUGGAAGAGGAAAUGGAACAUGAUGGAGGAAGUACUGAGUUGUCUUGGAGUGACUUGUUAGAGCCAGUGAGUUAUGAAAACUUCAAAGAUGAAAAAGGACCUACUACAGCCUUACCUGCAACACCGCUAGAAGUUUUUCGUCUCUUCUUCAACUCCACAAUCACGGAACUCUUGGUCACUGAAACAAACCGCUACGCUUCGCUGUGCCUAGGUGAAGAAAGGUAUGAGUCAUGGGACCCGGUAACUGAAAAAGACAUCUUUGCCUACUUUGGCGUAAUGAUAGUAAUAGGGCUGAUCAAGUUACCAUCUAUAGCCGAUUACUGGCGUACGAUCCUCUAUUUCACUGCAGCAUUAUAG